AUGUUCGAGGCUGUACCGUUUGGAUUAUUGGCAGCCGGGACUGUGUUGUUCGUGCCGAUGGGUAUGGCGGGGUGGCAUUUAAGCCGGAAUAAGAUGCUUUUUUUCAGCUGUGCCCUUUUCAUCACACUCGCUGUCGGUGUGCACUUAACCCCGUUUUUUCCUUCAAUAUCCAAUUUCCUGUACAAGCCUUCAUCGAUUUCUGUUUCAUCGUUGCCGACUGGUACAACCUCUUCUUCCAUGAUCCGUGAUUCGUGCACUUUUUCCCUACAUAGCGUUGUUAUGUAUAAAAGUAACUACAGUGAAUGUGUGGAUGAUGCUAUCGAUAGUAAUAGUGAUAGUGGUUGUAAGAGAAUGUCGUGGAAAUGGACGCAGUCGGGAAGUGUUGCUGAAUGUGGGUUUCAAAAGUUAAAGAAACCAGAUGUCUCGGUGUUGUUAAAUGGGUCGUGGGUAAUUGUUGCAGGGGACUCUCAGGCGAGGUUAAUGGUGGUUUCUUUGUUAGAGUUGGUCAUGGGUCCGGAGGGGAUGAAGAAAAUCAGAGGGGAUUUGUUUAAGAGGCAUAGCGAUUAUUCCACAACUGUUGAUGAAAUUGGGAUGAAGUUGGAUUUCAUGUGGGCGCCAUAUGUGAGAAAUUUGACCAACUUGAUGUUGGAAUUCAAGGAAAACAAGGAUUAUCCGGAUGUCAUUUUGAUGGGAGCUGGGUUAUGGGAUAUGUUGCACGUGAAUAAUGCAACAGAAUAUGGUAUAUCAUUGUCGGCAUUGAAGGAUUUAGUUUUGGCGCUUUUGCCGGUUUUCCGGAAUACGGAUUCCAUUGAUAAGGGGGCAAGUGAGUCGGCGUGGAUUAGGUCACGACAUUUGUUUUGGCUUGGGAUACCAGCACUGAUAAGCUCAAUGUUAAACACAGUCGAAAAGAGGGAGAAGAUGAAUGAUGUAAUGUGCAAUGCUUAUGAUGAUGAAGUUUCUAGAACUAAGCUUUUGCGGCAAUCUGGAGGGCCACUUUUGAAACUGGAUAUUCGUUGGCUGACUGAACUAUGUGGGCCUCAGUGUACGGUGGAUGGUAUGCACUAUGAUGGAAUCGUUUAUGAUGCUGCCGUUCAAAUCAUGCUGAAUGCAUUGCUUCUUGAAUCAAAUCAGACACGGUGA